CCAGUUCUGCAAGGGGGUAGGAGAUCCAUAGGUCAGAGACCCACAGGAAGACCAGCCAACAGGCAGCAACGGUUACUGCCUCUCACCCAGUGCUCUGGUGGGUCAGCAGAAGUUCAAGGACUCUCCUCUGGACUGCUGGUAUUGUCUUCUGUUGUGGCUCAUUGUAAUCUUACCACAAGAAAAAGAUCACUGGAUGGCCGCCUGCAGGUAUCUCACCGAAAGGGUCUCCCCCACGUCAUCUACUGCCGGCUGUGGCGGUGGCCGGAUCUUCAUAGCCAUCACGAACUGCGUGCCAUGGAGAUGUGUGAAUACGCAUUUAACAUGAAGAAGGAUGAAGUCUGUGUCAAUCCGUAUCAUUAUCAAAGAGUGGAAACACCAGGUACACCUGGUGCCCUGGAUGUUCUAGGAUGUGUGCUACCUCCAGUCUUGGUGCCAAGGCAUGCGGAAAUUCCAGCUGAGUUCCCCCCACUGGAUGACUAUAGCCAUUCCAUCCCAGAGAACACCAAUUUCCCUGCAGGCAUCGAACCACAGAGCAACUACAUUCCAGAGACACCCCCACCUGGCUAUCUGAGUGAGGAUGGGGAAAGCAGUGAGCAUCAGAUGAAUCACAGCAUGGAUGCAGGUUCUCCAAAUUUGUCUCCCAAUCCAGUGUCCCCUGCACACAAUAACUUGGAUCUACAGCCUGUUACCUACUGUGAACCAGCAUUCUGGUGUUCCAUAUCCUACUAUGAGCUCAACCAACGCGUUGGAGAGACAUUCCAUGCUUCUCAGCCCUCUAUGACCGUCGAUGGCUUCACUGACCCUUCCAAUUCAGAACGCUUCUGCCUUGGUUUGCUGUCCAAUGUAAACCGCAAUGCUGCAGUGGAGCUCACCAGACGGCACAUUGGAAGAGGAGUGAGGCUGUAUUACAUUGGAGGGGAGGUGUUUGCCGAGUGCCUUAGCGACAGUGCCAUUUUUGUCCAGUCUCCAAACUGUAACCAGCGCUAUGGCUGGCACCCGGCCACCGUCUGCAAGAUCCCGCCAGGAUGUAACUUGAAGAUUUUCAACAACCAGGAAUUUGCAGCCCUUCUGGCUCAGUCUGUGAACCAGGGCUUUGAGGCUGUCUAUCAGCUGACUAGAAUGUGCACCAUCCGAAUGAGCUUCGUGAAGGGCUGGGGUGCUGAAUACAGGCGGCAGACAGUCACAAGUACUCCUUGCUGGAUUGAGCUCCAUCUGAACGGCCCGUUGCAGUGGCUGGACAAGGUCCUGACACAGAUGGGCUCUCCAAGCAUCCGUUGUUCCAGCGUGUCUUAAAGUUGAGGCAAGAGCCAAGACUUGAAAAUGGGAUAUUUUCAAUUCAUGACCAAGAACAAAAUACAUCAAACUCUUUAAGAAUUCACCUGUCCUCCUUCUGAAUAACUGACAUCCGUGAACAUUAGGCUUGUGGCCAGUUUCCCAGUGCCUGAUCCUAUACAGUGACCGGUCCUUUCUUUCAGUGAAAGAUGUUCCAGCACCGUGGAUGUGACUCUGAAGUAACUCUGCUUAUGGAUCUUGUCCCAGCUGUUGGCCUUUCAGUUGUACUAAUUCUUCCAACUGAAGUAGCAGACAUUUUGACCCACUGCCAGUUUGGGGCGCUUGUUUGGGAUGACCUCCUCUUGCAAACACUGACGUCUGGGGUCUCUCUGUACAGAGCUGCUCUUGGCAGCAGUUCUCAGGUGGGAGAGAGGAAGACAAAAGUCCUCAUCUUCUCCCCACCAUCACUUGAUCAGGAAACAUUCACCUGUGACUGACAGGUGAGAGCAGCUCAAAAAGGACCAAGAAAGCUCUUAACAUUCCUUUUUAAAAUAUUUGCUUCUGCCUCUACAUGUCCCCUUGCUUGUGUGCCCAUCUCAGAUACACCAUUUACAGAAGCAGCGAGGAAAACCCUUUGGAUUAAAGUCUACCCAUCCACAGGCGAGGGAAGAAAGUUGAAAUUAACGGAAGAAAUAUUUUCCUAAGAGGAAUUUAAUCAUUGUUUUGUAGUAAGGAAAACAAACAUUGCUGUUUUAUCACAGAGAUCUCAGAGAUGGGAUUAACUGUAAGAAAUUUAGAUAACCCCUCCACCCCUCAACCUGCAUGUUUUCUGGAGUUGCUUACUGCCAGUUGAUCUUGCCAUUUCUUUCAGAGGAAUCUGGCAUUGGGACCUUUGUUGCAUUAACUCCACCAACUUAGGUGUGUCCUCCCAAUGUAUUGACUAUUAAGGUUUGUUUCAAGGGAUCUAAGAGUUCAGUAGGAGAAACUUUCAGAAAAGAGAAUUAGCCAGUCUUACUUCAGUGGGCUGACAGUCAGAGAGAGGCUCAGCCUAAAGGGAUUCGUGUUAGAAACAGAGGUUAAGAUCAAAUGGCUCACAACAAAUUCAGCCCAGUGUGGGAUUUGGGACACUCUUUUCAAUGGCUAUGUAAUCACCUUAGUCACUUAACUGCUCAAUGCAAAUUAAUAUUCACCAUUCCCAAAGACAGGCAACAUCAGUUAUAAAUAAGAAAUGCAUGAUCAGCUACUGUGCAGUUCCAAGUUCCUAAUUCCAGCCUUAAUGACGGGACAAUUCAAUGCAUUGUUGGUUCUCAGUGUCUGAGGAACAGAUUCAUAGUCAUGCUUACUGCCCUGUUAAGACCACGUCUGUGUGUAUUGGUCAGUAUUCUUGACUGUAAGGACAAAACCAGAGUGUGGUAGCCAUGUUGAUGAAAUCUAGCAAUGACAAAUGAUCUGUUUCCAGACAGGAUGUGUGCCAAGCUCUUGGGACGGACAUCCAAAUCUCCUCUUUCUAUAUUUUCAAGAACUUCUCCUCUUUUAUAUUUAGCAAGAGCUGAGAGUCUCAGCACUAUAGAGGAAUAUGUCACUGGCCCUUUAGACAAAGAAAAGUUUUUAACAAGUUCUCAAGGCUACCACAUAAAGAGUUCCCAAGCUAAUCAUAUGACCCAGCUUUUGGGCACUGCUUAUGAAAAAAAAUAUUUUGGGUGGAUUUUGUGCCUGAGGAAACAUCUGGAAGCACUGCUUAGGAGAUGCCACUUAAGGUAUAAUGUUUUUACAUACAAAUUUAAAACAGGUAUAUGUCCCUUCCAGCAUGUGUAAUUUACUGGCAUGGCCGCCUUCAUGAGGCUUCAUUGCUGUGAAUGGAAGUUUGCAAGAACGUAACCCUCAUGCCUUUUGUUGGAGAAGACCAUGUGUGGAUUAUCAUCAAUAGCAAAAUUCAGAGCCAGAAAAAUAUCUUAAAUCUAGUUGCAUCUACUACAGAAAAAUGCCAGGUAUUUCUUUUUAUAAGUGUACAGGGAUGCAUUAACAGCUCUUAAGACUAUGAAUUUAUAAAUGAUUAUCCUGAAAGGCUCAUCUCCAUAUAUAUGUAGAAAAAUAAAGAGGGCACUGUAGAAUUUCCCACUUCCUGUAUACCAUAUGAUGGUGAAGUGCACAGGAGAUGGUUGUUGUAGGUUUUUCGGGCUGUUUGGCUGUGCUGUGGCGGUUUUUAUUCCUAACGUUUCGCCAGUCCCUGUGGCCGGCAUCUUCAGAGGACAGGAGCUAGAAUUUUGUCUGCAUGCUGAACAUAGACGGGCAAAAUGUGAGGAAGAAAAACCUUAAGAACACGGCCAAACAGCCCAAAAAACCCACAACAACCAUCAGAUCCCGGCCAUGAAAGCCUUCGAGAACACAUUGCACAGGAGAGUCUGAAAGUUAUUUUCCAGAGAUGGUUUUACUGCUUCAAUGAGAAAAAAGUGGCUGGGUUUUUGUUUGUUUUAGUGUUCUGCUGCAACAUUUGUAAGCUGCAGAGGGUAGUAAUUUCAAAUAAGUUAUUUGUUAACUUUCUUAUAGUUAUCAUAAAUUUAAUUUUCAGCUCUUUUCACUCCAGAUCAAAUAUUCUCUCUUAAGCUGUUGUACAGAUUUUAGUUGAAGAGGCACCGUUGGCUUCCAGUGUGUUUGUCAGAAGAUGGCUUUUUGGUUAACUUUAGAACAGCUAGUUAUUUCACAACGUCUGCAUCAAGGAUCCACCUUUCUUUCAUCAUAUGUUUUUUAUCUGGGACACUACAAUGCCAUGGAAGCCAGUGGGGAUGUUCAUGUUAAUAAAGCUAUUCUACUUGUAUAGAUGUAUCUAGCGACCCUAGCCAUUUAUAACUGGAUGUUGUUGUUUCCUUGGCUUUGUCAUAUGUACAUAUUCUGCCUUUGAUAUUUAUUCAUUACCCACGGUGGGAGUGGGGAGAGUAAAUAUUCCUAUUUAGUCUACAGGGAACAAGCAGAAGAGGAAUUCUCAACCUUAAAAAAAAACCAAAAGAGUAGUAAAUACAGUACUUCCCUUUGUAACCUGUCAUGUCUUACUAUCUUACUAGGUAUACUUUAACUCAAGCCAAAUUUUUCAUUGGUAUGACUUCUCUAAGAAUCCAAUUACAUUUGGAUUAAGUGUAUCUUUUAAGUGUAUCCAGUUUGGUGUGAUAAGCUUGCUUUAUGUCUUUGGACCAUACAAGCUGAAGCCAUCCCACAUACAGCAAAACAGAUAUCGGUGGUUGCGUCCCUCUUAGUGGAACUUUGUAGUUUCCUAUAUUAGUGAAAUGUCAUUUAUGGAAGGUUCCAAAUUUUAAAGGAUAUAUGUAUAAUCUUUGCCAUUUCCUCAGAAUGCAAGCAGUGCCUUCAGGUAACAAGGUUGAAUGGAAAGGCUUUCGUUAUUUUUAACGUGGCCAGCACACUUUGUAGCCAAAUAUUAGAUCAUUCAAUGAGAUUCACCAAAGCACCUAGACAACAGGGACUUUCAAAGCUUUCAUACUUUUAUUGCAGUUUUGUGUCCUUUUCUGAUCCACUGGUGGGGUCUUCUGUGAGCCAUACAGCUACCUGUGCAGUUUGAAACCUUUUUAAAAAACUGCCUAAGCUACUUCUUUUUCCUACAAGGAUGAAAAACUUCCUUUCUGGGUACAGGAUGCAAUCCAGCAAAAUUUACUCAAGUGCACUUAAUGUUCUUGCAUCCAUACAACAUACUACUAGUGCUUCAUUCUGCCUUGCCUAGUAAGGUUCAAGAUAGGACCUUGGCAGUGGUGCUGUCCAGUUCUGGCUUCCUCCACUCCUUCCAUUGACCUGUUGCUUAGUUUUCCAUCCCACUCUGCUCUGCUUUAGGCAGGAAGGGUAGGUGGGCAGUGGGAUAAGGAAGGAAGCAUGUGGGGUCUAUUGUUCUUCUCUUGAGCUGCGACUCUGUUGAGAUGAGCACCAUGUCAGGAGGGAUAUUUCCUUGCCCCAGUAAAUGCUCAGCCUCUUUUCUCUUCCACAGAGGAAGCCCUUAGAAGACAGCUCAUGCCCCUCCCGACCAGACCUGUUCUGAUCUAUGCAGGGCAUGUAUGUCUUCUACUGCAGGUUAAAAAAGCCACACACAUUUAAAUGCCACAUGCAGAACUAUUCAGAGCCCCUCAUCAUUUGAAAUAAUAUGUACAAAACAAGUCUGUACAAUGCAUGAACUGCAUAGGGCCAGGAACCUUGCAGAUUCCUAGUUCUGUCUGGAAGCGCACUUCAGAGUGGAGACGGAUGAAUCUGUGAGAUCAGCUUUCUUCCUUAGAAAGAAAAAUUGUGAGGAGAUAGGUUGUCCCAUUUAUAAUGUAUUAGCUCUGACAAAUUUGGAAUGAAUUGAACAACAGUGAAAAUCCACACCUGCCUAAUCAAGAGGUAAAGCUGUUCCCAGCAUUGAAAGGAUAAGAUCAUGGUGUGUCCUACCUGCUUUACAGAUAUCAAAGAUGAAAAGCCUACUGGAAAUAAAGUGGAAAACCUAAUUCAGCACCACAAGCUCUGCUGAAUACACAGAAGUGUCAGACCUGGGCGUUUGAAAUGUAAGCACUCAGAGCUUUUUGCCAGAUGGAUAAAGCUGUCUUAAUUCAUUCUCCUUAUUUAAAAUUUUAAAACAUUAACUUCUUUGUCUUAAUUUUGAAGAAUGUGUGAAUUUGGUAAGUUUUUAUAAACAAUAAAAUCCUUAUUCAUCCCUUGUUUUUUAUUUAUAUUUUUAUAUGCCCAUAAUUUUAAAUUGUGCAGUGCUCUGAUACAAAUAAGAACCCCUACUUCAAAUGGGCUAAUCAUUUUACACAAUUCUGAUUCUCAGUGGCACUGAACCUUAACCACUUUCCCUACUCCCAGAGCAAAAGAGCACUGCUUAGAAUAUCCUAAGCAUUUAGGUCUUGCUUGUAGUUUUCAGUUUCCUGUGCCAUAAUAAACUUCUAAAAUGAGAGGCAUUUGGACUCAAGCUUAUCGCUGCCUGAAAUGAACUCUGCACAUGUUCAGAAGCACUCCUCUUUUAAUGUCUCUGUGUUUCUGACAUUUAAAAUAUACUCUGGCACCAGGUUCUGGCUCAAAUAAAACUCUGCCGGUGCCAAAAGUGUACGUACAUGGGUGCAAGUUGAGAGAGGAAAUGAGAACACUGUGUGGCUUUUUAAAUCCAAAUUUUUAAUACUUUUUUUGACAGAUAGCAGCAAAAUAUGCCAUUUGAUUGUAUGUAUCUAUAGUAGAACCUCCAUUUAGCUGUGCGUGCCUUGGCUAUUGAAGAAGGAGCUGUUGGGUUCUUCUCAUUUAUUUGAGUCACUAGCCGGCCCUUUGACUGUUUCACUUCGGUUUAAGUCUUCUACGGCUGCUGGCAGGCGUAUCCAGAUGGCUUUGACUAUUUUUGGUGACAGUGAUGAAACUAUUUUUUGUUUUGUAAUUUAAUUAACAUUGAUCCAAGUUGCAGUAUGUAUUGCUUUGCAUUUUUUAAAGUUAAGGCUUGUGCUAUUAAUAAAUUAGUAGCUAUCACUUGCUGGAGUAAUUGGAAAUCUGCCUGUGGCAGGUUGGAGAUCUAAAUAUGGUCUCAGUUGGAGUCGGCUAGCUUAAGCCUUUCAGGGGUAGUCAACAAAAGUUUAUAAAAAAUAAAUCCAAAUGUGAACCAACUCUAAAAGCUACCUGUUAAAUCCCCAUUUCUGGACUAAACAAGCAAGAUGUAGGCUAAAUUGCAAGAGGGGUGUAAAGAGCAAAGCAGCAGGUAGGUCUUUCUACCUCUUGGUAUUUCAAGGGGUAAAUGGGGUAGCAGGCUGUAUCACUGAUUAAAUUUCUCCUGGUAGAAAGAUACAUGGUUAGCUCCUUUUAUCCAGUAGCAAAAUUUGAGCAGCAUUUAAUAUAGCUUUAUGUAUUUAUUUAUGUAACUCUGUAGUCAGCUCAGAUCUUUAUUUGAAAGGAUUUUUGGGAUUGGAGCAUUAACAAUUUCAUUUGGUGAAGUUUCUUUUCUUUUUUGAACACACUACUGAUGAAGCCAGACUUGGAAAGCUCUAAAUACUAAUCCCAAGCAGGAAA